GUUUGUAAUUGAUGAUCAUCUCGACGACGAUUUAAUUUUUUUUAAAAGAUAUUAGUUCGUACAAUUUGAAUUUGAAGCUACAAUUGUGCAUCAGUAAUCAACAUGAUCGUUCAAUACAUUUUGAUAUUAUUUGUCUUCACCAUUGGCACUUCGAUGGCCAAAUGGCAAUUGGUUUGGCAAGAUGAAUUUAAUGGCGGACAUUUGGAUCAAAAUCAUUGGGCAUUUGAAACCGGUGGCAGUGGUUGGGGAAAUAAUGAAUUAGAAUUCUAUACGGCUAAUCGUUCGGAAAAUGUACGCGUUAAGAAUGGCCAUCUGGUGAUCGAUGUACGUGUUGGAUCAUAUGGUGGCCGUGAUUUUACAUCAGGUCGAAUUCAUACAAAACAAGCUUGGACUUACGGAAAAUUCGAAGCUCGUGCUCGACUACCAAGUGGCCAUCAUCUUUGGCCGGCGAUUUGGAUGAUGCCACAGAACAAUAAAUAUGGUGGUUGGGCUGCCAGUGGUGAGAUCGAUAUCAUGGAAUAUCGUGGUGAUAUCCAUGAUAAAAUCGAAGGAACCAUACAUUAUGGUGGGGCAUGGCCGAAUAACAUCUACACCGGUAGUGGACCACAUCAUUUCAAUGUUGACUUUAGCCAAAACUUUCAUAAUUUUGCCGUCGAAUGGGAUCAGCGAGAAAUCCGUUGGUACAUGGAUGGACAAAAAUAUUUCAAUGUUAACAUUGAUCGAAUGAUGUGGUCGGGCAAAGGACACAAUCCUUACACGAAAAAUGGACAACCAUUUGAUCAACCAUUUCAUUGGAUUUUAAAUGUUGCUGUUGGUGGAAAUUUCUUUGGUCCAGGACCAUAUGUUACACCAGAUCAAGCCCGUCAUUGGCCAAAACAUACAAUGGAAGUUGAUUAUGUUCGUAUUUUGCCGAUACAAAUGAUGUUGAAAUAUUUUUUUGUUUUUGUUCUACUAGCUGGAUUAUCACAAGCCGAAUGGCGUCUUGUCUGGCAAGAUGAAUUCAAUGGUAAUCAAUUGGAUUUGAAUCAAUGGAGUUAUGAAGUCGGUGGUAAUGGUUGGGGUAAUAAUGAAUUGGAAUUCUAUACGUAUAAUCGAACGGAAAAUGCUCGUAUCGAGAAUGGAAAUUUGGUGAUCGAUGUUCGUGUAGAAAAUUAUCGUGAACGUCAAUUCACAUCGGCUCGAUUGCAUACAAGACAAGCAUGGACAUAUGGUCGAUUUGAAGCGCGCGCACGUAUGCCAUAUGGACAUAAUCUUUGGCCAGCGAUUUGGAUGAUGCCACAGGAUAGUAUCUAUGGAAUAUGGGCUGCUAGUGGUGAAAUCGAUAUUGUCGAAUAUCGUGGUGAUAAUCCCGAUCGUAUUGAAGGUACUGCACAUUAUGGCGGCACAUGGCCAAACCAUAUUUAUUCGGGUAGUGGACCACGAUCGUUUAGUGUAAAUUUCAGUCAGGAUUUUCAUACAUUUGCAUUGGAAUGGGAUCAUAAACAAUUACGAUGGUACAUGGAUAAUCAACAAUAUUUUACAUUGGACAUUGAUCGAAUGUUAUGGUCAGGUAAGGGUGUGAAUCCGUACACCAAAAAUGGUCAACCAUUUGAUCAACCAUUUCAUUGGAUGCUUAACGUGGCUGUUGGGGGAAAUUUUUUCGGACCCGGCCCAUAUGUUACGCCGGAUCAAGCUCGCCAAUGGCCUAAACAUACGUUGGAGAUUGAUUAUGUUCGUGUUUAUCAGCAAUAAAAUUUAUUGAUAGCAAAAAUUUUAAACAAAUCCCGAAUAAAUAAAAAUUAAACAGAAAUUUCUUUUCA